AUGGCCUUGGCUGGAUGCGAGGCUGCUGCAAUGUGGCUCCUUUGGCUCAAGCACCACUUGUCCAUCCACAUUUGGACCUUGCUGCUCUUGGGGAGCACCUGGCUACCGCUGGCGGAAGGCAGCCCCAAAUCUCCCUUUAGGACUUUCCCGGUUACAGACUGGAGCUUGACACACUUGGUGGUCCAUAACAAAACCGGGGAGGUCUAUGUGGGGGCUGUCAAUCGGAUCUACAAACUCUCCAAUAACCUCACACUCCUGCGGACCCACGUGACGGGGCCCGUGGAGGACAAUGAGAAGUGUUACCCUCCUCCCAGUGUCCAAUCCUGCCCACAUGGGCUGGUCACCACCAACAACGUGAACAAACUGCUGCUGGUGGACUACUCGGGGAAUCGGCUGAUUGCCUGUGGCAGUGCCUCCCAGGGGAUUUGCCAGUUCCUGCGGCUGGACGACCUCUUCAAGUUGGGUGAGCCCCACCACCGUAAGGAGCACUACCUCUCCAGUGUCAACGAGUCGGGCACCAUGUCUGGUGUCAUCAUCGAGGUGCUGAACGGGCAGAACAAGCUCUUCAUUGGGACGCCCAUUGAUGGGAAGUCAGAGUACUUCCCCACUCUCUCCAGCCGCAAGCUGAUGGCCAACGAGGAGAACGCUGAGAUGUUUGGCUUUGUCUACCAGGAUGAGUUUGUCUCCUCACAGCUCAAAAUCCCCUCGGAUACACUCUCCAAGUUCCCCACCUUUGACAUCUACUACAUCUACAGUUUCAGCAGCGAGCAGUUUGUUUACUACCUGACCCUGCAGCUGGACACCCAGCUGACCUCUCCCGACUCCACUGGGGAGCAGUUUUUCACCUCCAAGAUCGUCCGCCUCUGUGUGGAUGACCCCAAGUUCUACUCCUAUGUGGAAUUCCCCAUUGGCUGCGUGCAGGACGGCAUCGAGUACCGCCUGAUCCAGGACGCCUACCUGACCAAGCCUGGCAAGGCUUUGGCCAAGUACCUGGGCAUCUCAGAGCAGGAGGAUAUCCUCUUCACCAUCUUUUCCCAGGGCCAGAAAAAUAGGGUUAAGCCUCCCAAGGAGUCUGUGCUCUGCCUCUUCACGUUGAAGAAGAUCAAGGAUAAGAUCAAGGAGCGUAUUCAGUCAUGCUACAGAGGGGAAGGGAAACUCUCACUGCCCUGGCUCUUGAAUAAGGAGCUGGGCUGCAUCAACUCGCCGCUGCAGAUCGACGACAAUUUCUGUGGCCAGGAUUUUAAUCAGCCGCUGGGCGGGACUGUCACCAUAGAGGGGACCCCGCUCUUUGUGGAUAAGGAGGAUGGGAUGACCUCGGUGGCUGCCUAUGACUACAGAGGACAAACUGUCGUCUUUGCAGGCACACGGAGCGGGAAGAUCAAAAAGAUCCUUGUGGACUUGCCAGCUGAGAGGAAGCACCAAGCUCUGCAGUAUGAGAAUGUCGUGGCCCAUGAAGGCAGCUCCAUCCUGCGAGACCUAGUGCUGAGCCCUGACCGUCAGCAUAUCUAUGCCAUGACUGAGAAACAGGUGACACGUGUGCCGGUGGAGAGCUGUGAGCAGUAUGAGAGCUGUGAGCUGUGCCUGGGCUCCCGGGACCCCCACUGCGGCUGGUGUGUCCUCCACAACAUCUGCUCCCGCAAGGACCGGUGCGAGCGGGCGGAUGAGCCCCAGCGCUUCGCCUCCGACCUGCAGCAGUGCGUGCAGCUCACUGUGCAGCCCAAGAACAUCUCGGUCACCAUGUCCGAGGUCCCGCUGGUCCUGCAGGCCUGGAACGUCCCAGACCUCUCAGCAGGAGUCAACUGCUCCUUUGAAGACUUCACCGAGUCAGAGAGUCGCAUUGAGGAUGGGAAGAUCUACUGCAGCUCUCCCUCUGCCAAGGAUGUCAUCCCCAUCACCAGGGGCCGCGGAGACAAGCGAGUGGUGAAGCUCUACCUGAAAUCCAAGGAGACGGGGAAGAAAUUUGCCUCUGUGGAUUUUGUUUUCUACAACUGCAGUGUCCAUCAGUCCUGCCUGUCCUGUGUGAACGGCUCCUUCCCCUGCCACUGGUGCAAGUACCGCCACAUCUGCACCCACAAUGCUGCUGACUGCUCCUUCCUGGAGGGACGUGUCAAACUCUCUGAGGACUGUCCCCAGAUCCUGCCUUCCACCCAGAUCUACAUCCCCGUGGGUGUGGUAAAACCCAUCACCCUGACAGCCAAGAACCUGCCCCAGCCGCAGUCAGGCCAGCGCAACUACGAGUGCAUCUUCCACAUCCCCGGCAGCACCACCCGCGUCACGGCCCUGCGCUUCAACAGCACCAGCAUCCAGUGCCAGAACACCUCGUAUUUCUAUGAAGGGAAUGACAUCAGUGACCUGCCCGUCAACUUGUCUGUGGUGUGGAAUGGGAACUUUGUCAUUGACAACCCCCAGAAUAUCCAGGCUCACCUGUACAAGUGCUCGGCGCUGCGGGAGAGCUGCGGUCUGUGCCUCAAGGCUGACCCGCGCUUCGAGUGCGGCUGGUGCGUGUUGGAGCGGCGCUGCUCCCUGCGCCAGCACUGCCUGGCCUACGACAACAGCUGGAUGCACGCCAGCAGCGGCAGCAGCCGCUGCACCGACCCCAAGAUCACCAAGUUGUUCCCUGAGACUGGCCCCAGACAAGGAGGGACCCGUCUGACCAUCACCGGCGAGAACCUGGGCCUGAAGUUUGAAGAUGUUCGCUGGGGUGUCCGAGUGGGCAAAGUGGUGUGCAUCCCCAUCGAGAGCGAGUACAUCAGUGCUGAGCAGAUUGUGUGUGAAAUCGGAGAUGCCAGCCUGAGCAAGGUGCACGAGGCACGGGUAGAAGUGUGCAUCCGUGACUGCACGCCCAGCUACCGGGCCAUAUCCCCCAAGACCUUCACCUUUGUGACACCCACUUUCUCCCGUGUUGUCCCAGCCCGGGGUCCUCUCUCUGGUGGCACCUGGAUCGCCAUUGAAGGCACCCACCUCAACGCUGGCAGCAACGUGUCCGUGACCAUCGGGGGACGGCCCUGUGCUUUUUCAUGGAGAAGCGCCCGUGAGAUUCGGUGCAGGACCCCCCCGGGGCACACCCCUGGUGGCUCCCCCAUCCUUAUCAACAUCAACCGGGCAGAGCUGAGCAACCCGGAGGUGAAGUACAACUACACAGAGGACCCCACCAUCCAGAAGAUUGAUCCUGAAUGGAGCAUCAACAGUGGUGGGACAUUGCUGACUGUGACUGGCACCAACCUGGCCACCAUCAAAGAGCCCAGGAUCCGGGCCAAGUACUGCAGCUCUGAAAGAGAGAAUAACUGCACUGUCUACAAUGACACCACCAUGGUGUGCUACGCUCCCUCCAUUGACAACCCUGUGCGGAGCCCUCCGGAGCUUGGUGACCGCCCAGAUGAGAUUGGCUUUGUCAUGGAUAACGUCCAGGCCCUGCUGAUCAUCAACACCACCAAUUUCGUCUACUACCCAGACCCUGUCUUUGAGCCACUCAGCCCCACAGGGAUGCUGGAGCUGAAGCCCAGCUCUCCCCUCAUCCUCAAGGGCAGGAACCUGCUCCCGCCGGCUGCUGGUAACUCCCGCCUCAACUACACGGUGCUGAUCGGGGACACUCCCUGCACCCUCACAGUCUCUGAGACACAGCUCCUCUGCGAGUCCCCCAACCUCACUGGCCAGCACAAAGUCACAAUCAAGGCUGGAGGGUUCGAAUUCUCACCGGGGACACUGCAGAUCUACUCAGACAGCCUGCUCACCCUGCCUGCCAUCAUUGGCAUCGGGGGUGGCGGUGGCCUGCUCCUCCUCAUCAUCAUCAUCGUCCUCAUUGCCUACAAGCGCAAGUCCCGGGAUGCUGACCGCACCCUGAAGCGUCUCCAGCUGCAGAUGGACAACCUGGAGUCCAGGGUGGCCCUGGAGUGCAAAGAGGCCUUUGCUGAGCUGCAGACAGACAUCAACGAGCUGACCAAUGACCUGGAUGGGGCUGGCAUCCCCUUUCUGGAUUACCGCACCUACGCCAUGAGGGUUCUCUUCCCGGGGAUAGAAGACCACCCUGUGCUGAAAGAAAUGGAGGUCCAGGCUAAUGUGGAGAAGUCCUUGACUCUCUUUGGUCAGCUCCUGAACAAGAAGCACUUCUUGCUGACCUUCAUCCGUACUUUGGAGGCCCAGCGGAGCUUCUCCAUGCGGGACCGCGGCAACGUGGCCUCACUCAUCAUGACAGCCCUGCAGGGUGAGAUGGAGUAUGCCACAGGGGUGCUGAAACAGCUCCUGUCUGAUCUUAUUGAGAAGAACUUGGAGAGCAAGAACCACCCCAAGCUGCUUUUGCGGAGAACGGAGUCAGUGGCAGAGAAGAUGCUGACAAAUUGGUUCACAUUUCUGCUGUACAAGUUUCUGAAGGAAUGUGCUGGGGAACCACUCUUCAUGCUCUACUGUGCCAUCAAGCAGCAGAUGGAGAAGGGACCCAUUGAUGCCAUCACAGGAGAGGCUCGCUACUCCCUUAGUGAGGACAAGCUCAUCCGGCAACAGAUUGACUACAAAAUGCUGACCCUCAACUGUGUGAACCCUGAGAAUGAGAAUGCCCCGGAGAUCCCUGUCAAGGUGCUGAACUGCGACACCAUCACACAGGUGAAGGAGAAGCUGCUGGAUGCUGUCUACAAGGGUGUGCCCUAUUCCCAGCGACCCAAAGCUGGAGACAUGGACCUGGAGUGGCGGCAAGGCAGGAUGGCCCGCAUCAUACUGCAGGAUGAAGAUGUCACCACAAAGAUUGACAAUGACUGGAAGAGGCUGAACACCCUGGCCCACUACCAGGUGACAGAUGGGUCCUCAGUAGCCCUGGUGCCCAAGCAGAACUCAGCAUACAACAUCUCCAACUCCUCCACCUUCACCAAGUCCCUCAGCAGAUAUGAGAGCAUGCUGAGGACAGCCAGCAGCCCUGACAGCCUGCGCUCACGUACCCCCAUGAUCACCCCUGACCUGGAGAGUGGCACAAAGCUCUGGCAUCUGGUGAAAAACCACGACCACAUGGACCAGCGGGAGGGUGACCGGGGCAGCAAGAUGGUCUCCGAGAUCUACCUGACCCGUCUGUUAGCCACCAAGGGCACCCUGCAGAAAUUUGUGGAUGACCUGUUUGAGACCAUCUUUAGCACAGCUCACCGUGGGAGUGCACUGCCCCUCGCCAUCAAAUACAUGUUUGAUUUCCUGGAUGAACAAGCUGAUAAGCAUCAGAUCAAUGAUUAUGAUGUCAGGCACACCUGGAAGAGUAACUGUCUACCUCUACGUUUUUGGGUGAAUGUGAUUAAGAACCCCCAGUUUGUGUUCGACAUUCACAAGAACAGUAUUACUGAUGCCUGCCUAUCUGUGGUGGCUCAGACAUUCAUGGACUCCUGCUCAACUUCUGAGCAUAAGCUAGGAAAGGACUCUCCCUCCAACAAACUACUGUAUGCCAAGGACAUCCCCAACUACAAGAGCUGGGUAGAAAGAUAUUAUGCAGAUAUAGCUAAAAUGCCAGCGAUCAGUGACCAGGACAUGAGCGCGUACCUGGCGGAGCAGUCGCGGUUACACCUCAGCCAGUUCAACAGCAUGAGUGCCCUGCACGAGAUCUACUCCUACAUCACCAAGUACAAGGAUGAGAUUUUAGCUGCGUUGGAGAAGGACGAGCAGGCGCGGAGGCAGCGGCUGCGGAGUAAGCUGGAGCAGGCGAUCGACACAAUGGCCUUAAGCAGCUGA